AUUUUCUUAGGUCGUUUAAGUUCUGUAAUCAACAAAACCUGAGAAUGAGGGGACGCGGUGGAAAUAUUCGUGGACGAGGAAAAAAUAUGCGACCUCCUUUCCUCGGGAGAACGUUUUCGCGUCCCGUGUAUGAUGAAUAUUUCUUCACCUCGAGCGAGGAAACUGAACAGAAAGAUGAUGAAAGUGGAUUGGCAGAGGAGCUUCGCAAGAAGGAUGCACUAUUGAAACCGACGUUAGAAGACGAAGCAUCACUGCGAAAUUUGCUCACAAAAAUCACGGGGAUUGCAGACAAUUUGAUCGUCGCUCCAGGGUCGUUCACAGGAUGUCAACUCGAAGAAGUUCGUGCGGUCGGAUCUUUCAAGAAAAAUACCAUGACCAGAUUGAACUUGGCUCCAGACGUUGUUUUUGUCUUGAAAACCUUACCAAUGAAGGAAGCCGUCGAACAACUGGCUCAGAAAGUCAAUGAAGAUCUUCGAGCGCAAGGUGGCAUUUUGGGGUCUUACGUGGAAUGCAAUAAUCGUGGAUUCACGAUUCAUGCGGAGGGUCGGAAAGUGCACUGCCUUGUGGCUACAAUCCCGCAGAAUAUCCGCAAUCUAGACCGAGAGCUCCAUUUGGAUGCGAAAGUUGUCAUUGCGAACUCCUGUGCCAUCAAACACAGCCGGUGGUUUGAAGAAAAUGGGCAUCAUCCGUCCGUGAGAGUGCUUGCUCGCGUUUUACGGGACUUGGCGGCUCGUUUUCCUGGUUUAAAUCCUCUUAAACCAUGGAUUAUUGAUUUCCUGGCGCACCAUUGCAUCAUGGUCACUGAAUCGGGUUAUACCUUGUCAGCUGCCCAAGGAUUCCACCGCGCCUUGGCGUUGUUGGCUGCCGGAAUUUUCCUUCCACUGUCAAGCAGUAUUGCAGAUCCGAUUGCUGAUAGGAUGAUGUACAAGAUACACGGUUCGUUACCGUUGGAGGAUCAAGAUCUCGUUUGCAUGACCGCUCAAAGUCUUGUCCGUAUCCUGCAUCACGGUGGAUGGAAGCAAAUUCUCGGAUUGGAAGGAAAACUUAAUCUGGAUAAGCCGGUUAUCAUCAAUGGGAUCACGAUAAGCCCACAGGAAAGAGUGUAUGAGCGGCCAGUUAAAGCAGAAGACGGUUCUGACAAUACAGGAAAUGAGGAAAUGGAAAAUGAGGAGAAUAUGAUUCCAGCAAUGCUGACUGGCUGAAUGUCGAGUUUCGACGUUCGCGUGAAGAUCAUUACUUCUCGAUUUCUUUUUCGUUGUGUUUGGUGUAUUAUGACUCAGAUUUGUAAAACUACGUGUUGUAGCUUAUCAUUCCAGUUAUUCUUCUGAUAUUGAAGAGUUUUU